CCGCCCGAUUCUUCCUCUGUUCUUAUUGCCACCCUGUUGCAAUGGCAAGAAAGGCCGAAUCCCCUGUCCGGCCGCCUGGCAGUCCCAGACCUGACGAGGCUGACAACCAGGCUAGUGGGUGCGAUUCGACCAACAGUGAAUUCAUUCCUGCCGGGCGAGUGCGCGGCCCUGCCGACUUGAAAUUAGACCUUCUUGGAUUUGGUGAGCAACAGGCAUGGGUCGCUCCCCCGCAAGAUCUGGAGUCAUACCUGAUGCGUUCACGUCUUUGCUUCCAGUUGAUCCCGCAGAGGAACGAUACGGUCACAUUCGAGCCCUGCCCCGUCCCACCGAUGUUGGCGCGUGAAGAGGUUGACUGGGAUGCAAUGGAAGAUGAGCUGCGGGAUACUCCCGUCUUCCGACUCUCGGAGGUCGAGCGGUUCCGCGACGUCGAGCGCGGUAAAGUCUACGAAGUCGAUAUCCGUGGGGCGACAUAUGCCUACAAGAUGACCCAUGGGACCGAGUCCCUGCAGCGCGAGAUUUCCAUGCUACGGAAGAUGGAGCAGUGCAGCGAAGGAGGACGCUCGCUCCGGGUGCCCGAGCUGGAAGGAAUCAUCGGCAUCGGUACGCAGUAUGCCGGUCUCCUGAUGACUUACAUCCCGUCGCCGGCUUCCCUGGCUGACCUUAUGACGGCCGACAUUGGCAGUGAGGUAGCCAUCGCCGAGCGCCAGAAGUGGUAUGAUCUGAUCGCCGACGCGGUGCAUACACUUCAUCGGAACGGGCUCGUUUGGGGGGAUGUCAAAGCAGCGAAUGUUGUGAUCGACGGUGUCCAUCGCGACGCGUGGCUCGUGGACUUCGAAGGGGGCACAACCCCGGGCUGGGUGGACGAUAGCAUAUCAGGGACGGAGGCUGGGGACUUGCAAGGAUUGAGCAAGAUCCGCGCGCUCUUGGGGUUGGAGAGCACUAGGCCAUCGCAAACGGGGAGCCGGCGAGGACUAGACCCGCCCUCACUUUUCUGUUCUCUUCUAUGUCUGAUACUUGUCCUUGUUCCUUUCCUCGCCUUCUCUUUCUUCCUCUUCCUGUUGCUUAUUCUUUGUUCACCUUUCAUUUAUUAG